CAAACUCAUGGCGCCAAACAAGAACACCGGAAAGGCGGCAGCCAAGGCGGCCAAAAAGGCCAAACAGGCAGACAAGGCGGCAAAGAAGGAGGCCCAGGCAAUCAAGGCGACUACAAAGGGAAAGGGCAAGGGGAAGGACGCCAAUGAUGACGAUGAUGAGGAUCUCGACGCCAUCCUUGCACGGUACAAAGCGGAGAUGGAGGCGCAAGCUGCAAACACAGUCACGACGCUCGAGUCUCCACCACCACCGCGCACGGGCGCACUCUUCCUCGCCUCGCCGUCGACUCUGUCGUCUGAGAGCAACCACUUGUACCUCCUCUUUGGCGAGUACUUUGAUGGGUCUCGCGCGACAUUCUACUCGUCCACGCUGAGGUAUGACGUUAUAAAGGACGAGUGGAGGGAGUACAAGAGCGGUAUUGCGCCUGCGCCGCGUAGUAGUGCUGCUGGCGUCGCUGGUGCUGGCUUGGCCGAGGGAGGCGGCAUCUUGAUCUUUGGCGGCGAGUAUGCCUCGCCAACUCAGACCAGCUUCCACCACUACAAGGACAUGUGGCUCUUCUCCAUCAAGACGCACUCGUGGGACAAGAUCGAGUUCAAGCGUGGUCCGUCUGGACGAAGUGGACACCGCAUGGUGCUCUGGAAGCAAUACGUGAUCCUCUUUGGUGGCUUCAUUGACGUGGGCGUGAAGACCAACUACCUCUCCGAUCUGUGGAUCUUUGACACCACGACGUACAAGUGGACGCAGAUUGAGCACAUUGACAAGGACCGGGCGCCGGGACCCCGAAGUGGCUUCUCGUUCAUCCCUUGUCCCGAGGGCGCAAUCCUCUAUGGCGGCUAUCGCAAGGAGUAUGUCAAGGGGACAAGACCCAAGGGCAUGCCGUUGGAUGAUGGGUGGCUGUUGAGGAUGGACGAGGACCUCUCAAAGCUCAAGUGGGAGCGCCGGAAGAAGGCAGGCUACGCCCCGUCUCUGCGAUCUGGCAGCACCAUGGCCCACUGGGCGAGCAAGGGCAUGGGUGUGCUCUUUGGUGGUGUGCUGGACGAGGAGAAGGACGAGGAGAGCAUGGAGAGUGUCUUCUACAAUGAUCUGUUUGCAUACAACCCAGCUGGGAAUGGACGGUGGACGAGCCUCAACUUGAAGAAGAGGAAGAAGAUGGGCGGGAAGCGCCGCGCGAAGAAAGUCGAGGUGGAGGUUAAGGAGGACGACGAGGAGGACAUGGAUGUUGAUGGCGAGGAGGGCGAUGAUGAUGAGGACGACGGCGACGAGGUCAAGCCAUCACGCCCGUCGCCAUCACCGGCGGCCACACCGGUGCCAGAGCCCGAAGACGACGCGGACGACCCGCAGAGGACUAUCCCGUUGACGCGAUACAAUGCCAUGCUGGCGAUCGUCAAGAACACGCUCUUCAUCUACGGAGGGAUCUACGAGACGACCAACCCUGCACGCGAGUACACCCUCGACGACUUUAUCACCCUCAAUUUGGAGAAGCUGGACCGGUUCAACCAUCUCCGCGGCACAGGCCUGGAGGAGCUCGAAUGGAAGGGCAGCGACGACGAGGGCGGGUCGGAUGACUCGGACGAGGAAGACGAGGAGGAGGAUGAUGAGAGCGACGACGACGACGAAGAGGAGAUUGCCGCGCUCGACGAGGACGAGGACGACGACGCGGCCAAGGAGGCACGCCACGCGGCCUUGUCCCAGGCUGAGAAGGACGCGCUGCGCCAACGCGCAACCAAGUUCAUGGGUGUGGCCAAGGACGCCACGCGCACCGACGAGGACGUGCUCUCCACCCCGCUCCCAGGCGAAAACCUGCGCAUGUUCUACGAGCGCACGAAAGAGUACUGGGCCGGAACGGCGUACGGGCGGAGCGGGAGCCGCGGCAAGGCGCUGCGGCGCGAGGGAUUCCACCUGUCGAGCGCACGCUACGACGAGUACAGGCCGCUCCUGGAGGAGAUUGAGCGUAUCCAGCGCGAGGCCGAGCUCGACGCCGCGGCCGUUGCGGCGAGUAAGCGGACUGCGAUGGGUGUUGUCGGCGAGGGAGGGCGUAACCGACGAUAG